AUGUCUGAAUUUGAACUUCUAAUUCUACCCAAAAAUUAUCUUGUCACUAGAUCGCAUUGGACCCCAUAUUACAAGUUUGUUAACAAAUCCUAUGAUAAACCUCGUUUCCAGUACGAGUGUGUCUCCGGCAAGAGAAUAUCAUCACCAACUAGUUUCUUAUCAGAUUUAGACCUUGAGGCCAAUUUGGAUGCACUUUUGUUCAUUUUGUUAGGACCCAAGGACGUGUGUGGAAAAUUACAGAGAGACUUUGACUUAGAGUCACAAAGUUUGCAAGACGCUUAUGCUUGUGAUAUUCCCAAGGAAUACUUUGAAAAGCUCAGGUUUAAUGCCAGUAAAGUCAAGAUAAAGGAGAUAAACGAUGAUUAUGAUUUGCAAGAUGAUUUGUAUCGAGUUUUGGCUUCGAGUGGCUAUUUGGUCAAGGAGACCUUUGACAACCAAUUGACAUUGGAAUUGACGGCUUUCACAUCAUUCAUGAGGAGUUUGGGUAGCUUGACUUUCGAGUUUGUUGUAGAAAACUAUCUUCAAAACUUGAAGUUUCUCGAGUACACAAAUAAUCCACAAAUUUCAUCCCAGAAGUACGACAAGGUAUUGAUAGAGGCUUAUGUUAUACGUGAACAUGGGUUAGUGGACUUCUAUAUCAAGAAGUGUAAGUUCCAGCCAACUACUUAUCCAGAUAAGUUGUUUAAGCCGGAGUUAACUACUACUUCAAAGAGAAUUAUUGCCAAAGCUGAGUUUAGCCUUGCCAUCUUUCAUAGGGAAGUAGACAUCAUUUAG